AAUGAUUAGAUUGAAAUGUGUUUACUUCCUAAAAAGUUUCAAAUAUUUAUUUGUUUUCAAUAUUCGUAAAUAACUUAGCUAAACAUACAGUACAACAUAUAUUUUAUUUGGUAUUGACAUAUUUGUCAUUUUAUUACAACAAACUUAUAAACAAAAUAUAAAUUUUUAGUAUUAUCAGUAAAAGAUUACAACAAACUUUUAAACUUGUAUUUUUCCAAAAGUAAGUAUAUAAAAUGUUGCAUAUUUUUUUAAACAAAAUGAGUUCCUUAUUCCCUUACCUAGUAUAUAUAUAAAUAACAGUCUAAUAUUAGAGGACCUUUCCAUCUUCCAUUGUAAUUUUUCGGAGAAAUUAACGUUUCACCUAUACCUCAUUCUCUCUGUGCCUCCUCUCUCUCUCUCCGCCGUCGUCUCCGGCGAAACCACGCCAUUAAUCAACAACAUUAACCUCACAUUGUUUCCUUUGAUUGUUUCUCAUGGCGGAUAUCGUGAAACAAAUCUUAGUGAGACCGAUCCAACUAGCGGAUCAGAUAACCAAAGCGGCCGACGAAGCCUACUCGUUCCGACAAGAAUGUCUCGAGGUCAAAGCCAAAACCGAGAAGCUCGCCGGCCUCCUCCGCCAAGCCGCGCGCGCCAGCAACGACCUCUACGAGCGUCCCACGCGCCGCAUCAUCGACGACACGGAGCAGGUCCUCUUCAAAGCCAUAGCCCUCGUCGAGAAAUGCCGCGCCGCGGGGCUGAUGAAGCGCCUCUUCACCAUCAUCCCCGCCGCCGCGUUCCGCAAGAUCACGAUGCAGCUGGAGAAUUCCCUCGGCGACGUCUCCUGGCUCCUCCGCGUCUCCGCCUCGGGAGACGACCGCGACGACGAGUAUCUAGGUCUACCUCCCAUUGCCGCCAACGAGCCGAUCCUCUGUUUGAUCUGGGAGCAGGUCGCGAAUCUCUUCACCGGCUCCCUCGACGAGCGGUCCGACUCGGCGGCGUCCCUCGUGUCGUUGGCACGUGACAACGACCGUUACGGGAGGCUCAUUAUCGAAGAAGGCGGUGUGCCUCCGUUGUUAAAACUCGCUAAAGAAGGGAAGCUUGAGGGGCAAGAAAACGCGGCUCGGGCCAUUGGGCUAUUGGGCCGUGACCCAGAGAGCGUUGAGCAGAUCGUUAACGCGGGCGUGUGUCAAGUCUUCGCGAAGAUUCUCAAAGAAGGUCAUAUGAAAGUUCAGACCGUUGUGGCAUGGGCUGUGUCGGAGUUAGCGUCGAAUCAUCCCAAAUGCCAAGACCAUUUCGCGCAGAACAACAUCAUUCGUUUCUUAGUGAGCCAUCUAGCUUUCGAGACGGUUCAGGAGCAUAGCAAAUACGCUAUCGUGAGCAACAAGGCAACUUUGUCUUCGAUCCACACGGUCGUGAUGGCUAGCAACACGAAUCCGGGAGAUAAGAAGGCGAGCAACGAGCAGGACGAGGCGCAAAGCAAUAUCUCGCAUCCUAUGAGUAACCAAACACCGAGCCAGAUGCAUAACAUUAUCACAAACACAUUAGCAAUGAAAGGCUCGGGCCCAGACUCAGGCCCAAGCUCAGGCCCAGGCUCAGGUUCUAACAAGAAUCAAACAAAACAGAGCAGUCAGCAUCAUACAAAAGGUGGACCAACACCCAGAGGGAACAAUCCAACACAUGUUUCUUUGAUGGGGACAAGCAUUAAAGGAAGAGAGUUCGAGGAUCCAGCCACUAAAGCUCAGAUGAAGGCAAUGGCUGCAAGAGCCUUAUGGCAACUCUCGAGAGGGAACCUCCAAAUAUGCAGAAGCAUAACAGAGUCAAGAGCAUUGCUCUGUUUCGCCGUUCUGUUAGAGAAAGGAGACGACGAAGUCAAGUCGUAUUCCGCGUUAGCAAUGAUGGAGAUCACCGACGUUGCCGAACAGUACUCGGAGCUUAGACGCUCAGCCUUCAAACCGACCUCUCCCGCCGCAAAAGCUGUGGUCGAGCAGCUGCUGAAAGUGAUCGAAAACGAGAUACCGGACCUUUUGAUCCCAUGUAUCAAGUCAAUAGGUAGUCUUUCGAGAACGUUCCGCGCGACGGAGACAAGGAUCAUCGCACCGCUUGUGAAGCUUCUUGAUGAAAGAGAAGCUGAGGUUUCGAUGGAAGCUGCGGUUGCGCUUAUCAAGUUCUCGUGUACUGAGAAUUUCUUGCGUGAUAACCACUCUAAAGCGAUCAUAGCGGCAGGUGGUGCAAAGCAUUUGAUUCAGUUGGUUUACUUUGGAGAACAAAUGGUUCAAGUACCUGCUUUGGUACUACUAUGUUACAUUGCGUUGAGUGUACCGGAUAGUGAGACUCUAGCGCAAGAAGAGGUUCUUGUGGUUCUUGAGUGGUCGACGAAGCAAUCUCAUUUGGUGGAAGCGCCGAUGAUUGAUGAGAUAUUACCAGAAGCUAAGAGUAGAUUGGAGCUUUAUCAAUCUAGAGGGUCAAGAGGGUUUCAUUGAUUUAUGACUAAGCUUCACUCUCUAGUAUGAACAAUCUCUUCUUUUUUCUCCCAGGCGAGUUUUGUUUCAUCUUUGAUGUGAUUUGAUGUGAUCCAUCUCCAAGCUCUCUGUAUAGGUACAUUGGUGAUGCUCGUAGACAUUUGUUAUAAAUGUGUAGACUAUGUUGUAAGUCAAAACUACUAUACAUUGAUUUAGAUUAUCAACCAAAUAAUAUUCGAGCUAAGCUUGUUUUCCAUUCUUGUUUGAAGCUUUGUUCUCUUUACAUCAUUAGUUUUUUUUUUUGCGUGAUUUAUAUGUCUUUUACUUGUUUCUGUAGGGAGUAAAUGAACUUAAGCCAUGUGGAAUAAUUAUCAAUCAUAUACAGUUUAGAAGUACAUUCUAGUUUAGGUCGUUUGUAAACAAGAUGCGUAAUUAUUGUUAGCAGAGAAAGUGCAUGUAAACAUGCAAGUGAACAAGAAUUGUGAGAAAACAUUGUUAGUCUUGAGACAUUAUUGUAAACAAUAAUCUUUGUAUGCCACCUGAAAAUGAUAUGUGAUUAAAAUAUUUACAAGCUAUAUAACACACUGAUAUAAAGGUAUAUAACAUUCACUUAGAUAUAAUAACGAACAUAAAUGAAAUAGAGUGAAAGUGUAAUUUAUCGAUUCCCCAUUAUAUAAACGUACACCAUACAGCUGGUUUAAAAACAUUUGAACCGGAUUUAACAACAGUAAUCAUGAAUGUACAAAGUGUACAAUCCAUCCAUCCCUUCUAGUAAACAAUGAACAUAAAACAUUCAAAAAUACUAUAGAA